GCAGAACUAGAAGUGAAGUGACAAGAUACAGUGGAGUACAUCCAUAGUUACUUCGAAGCCCACAAGAUGUCUUUCCCCGGACUGCCUCGAGAUGCAACCCGUAUGCUCAAAACGACAUACACUCCUCUCUUGGAAUUCAUGCAUGAUGUUGUAGGAUUUGAUCCCAUGAUCCUCGUAAACAUCGGGAUCAUACUUGUUGGCCUAUUUACUUUCCUCCACUAUGUCGGGAAUUUCCUGUACAGAUCUGCGCAGAAAGUAUGCCUCUCGACUGUGCGCGUGAAUGAGGAAGACCUACUAUAUCAGCAUAUUAUGCGAUGGAUGACCGAUCACCAGUUUCAGAAUCGCCAGUUCCGCUCCGUCAAGGCUAUUAGUACGCCCAAAUCUACCUGGGAGGAUGAAGAAGAGGCUGUUCGGACCAUAGUCGAGCAGAAGUUUGAAAAGGACUCGGAUGCUCUGAUUAGUUACCGUGCUAUUGCUGGUCGGACGCCUAUAAGGCUCGAACCCUUCCAGGGCACGCGCAUAUUCUGCCAUCGCGGAAAAUGGUUCUUAUUCAGUCAUGAAGUUAACACAAAGACGCCAGUGGUGCAGAUGCCCAACUACCAAGAACGCGGAAAUAUCAAGCUGCAAUGUUUCGGAAGUUCUACGGCUCCGUUGCAGUCUCUACUGGAGGCAGCGCAGUUGCAUGAUCUGGAGAAAUCCAUGACUACUACCAUAGUCUAUCGCGCGAUAUCUAAUGUUCGAGACAUCGUACGUUGGCAGAAGUUCAGUGCUCGUCCCUCCCGUGAUAUCUCCACUGUUAUCUUCGCUAAGGAGAAGAAACAGGCCCUCCUCGAGGAUAUCAAUGAGUAUCUCCACCCGCAUACCCGACGCUGGUACGCCAAUCAUGGUAUUCCAUGUCGCCGUGGCUAUCUAUUCUCCGGGGAACCAGGCACAGGAAAGACUAGUUUGACCUCUGCGCUAGCUGGAGUUUUUGGCCUGGACAUCUACGUACUCAGCCUCCUGGACCCGAACCUGAACGAAUCGCAACUCAUGAGACUCAUGUCCGAGGUGCCGUCACGAUGCAUCGUCCUCCUCGAAGACGUCGACGCUGCUGGAUUGAUACGCCCCGGGUUCACGAACCAAGACACAAACCGCGGUGCCAAUUUGAGAGCUCGGAAUUCUAGACAUGGAAAAUCGAGAUCCGCAUACGAAGACGCUCUUGACGCAGCAGCAGGACUGCCCAUGUCGACUCAGCACAACCAAGCCCCAGCUCCAGGAGUGGCUGUCUCACUGUCUGGUCUUCUGAAUGCUAUUGACGGCGUCUCUUCUCAAGAAGGUCGCAUCUUAAUCAUGACCACAAACUCAGCUGAAUCGCUUGAUCGGGCCCUCGUCCGACCCGGAAGGGUAGACAUGCACAUCUCUUUCGAACUACCAGGUCGAGAAGAGCUGCGCGAGUUGUUCCUUAGCAUGUACACGGAUACCACUAGCUCAGAGAUGACUGGCCAGGUUAUACAACGUGACGACAAAUCUGUGCCAAGUCAGGUCUUGGAGUCUGAAAAGAAAGACCUCGAGUCCAUGGCGGCCCAGUUUGCGGAGGCGCUGCCAGAGAAGAAGCUCAGUUUGGCUGCCGCGCAGGGCUUUUUGCUGCAAUAUAAGCGACAGCCACGAGAAGCGUGUGAGCAAGCCGCGGACUGGGCAGAUGAGACCUGGAAGAGGCUAGAAAGGGAAGACGAAGAAAGGCGAUUGGAUUAGUUGACUGUAUGCACGGUGCUCGACAAUAUCAAGAUGACGGUUUGAAAAAAAGACAUCGCACAGCAUUUUCGACGAAUAAAUGAAUUACAACCCAUUGUUUCAAGCCGUCCUCUGCAUAGCAGAAGUCGGCUAGGUAAUCCGAAGUCUUAGAAUAUGUUUCAGUUAAUUUUAAUUUUUAUGAAGCCAAACGAGAUAUACUGUACAAUAAGGAUACUUUUCAUAUCACCUGAGACAUCAAAAAUGAAUUUCUAUGCGUUCCAGGUCGUCGGA